CUUACAUGUCCACCACAUAGAGUUCCCACCUAGGCUCCCAAGUUACAGAAGAUUGCAUUGUAGAGAGUCGCGUCGAAAUGGGCAAAUUUAGAACGAGCAAGAAAAUAUAGAGCGUGCUAAGGCGCCCUUCAAUGCCUUGUCUGCCCCUUCUUCGCGACCCUCGUUCUACUUUCCAAAAUCGUUUUCAUCUCCCAAGAUUCAACGCUGAAAAUCUGCGCUGUUGAUCCUGAGGUGAUCACAGUCCAAUAUCAAGUUGAUCGUCGAUAACAUCUUCAAAACAGCAACAUAGGAGAUCACAAUGGCCAAAAUCAACCCAAUGUAUCCUGUCCGUGGUGCACAAGCAGUGCUUGCCAUCAUUGUUCUCGGACUCAUGGCAUACGUUUCCUCGUGGUGGACAUCGCACUGGCGCCAGGCUUCUCCAGCUCAAGUCUCUUUUCUCAUCUUCGCGUCCGCAUGGUCACUCGUUUCUCUCAUCCCGAUAUUCCUCAUACCUCUCAAGUUCAGCCACAUGCUCUCGUCCGCUGGAAUUCGCUGGGGUCUCGUUGCACUUGAUGCGCUCACCAUGCUUUUCUGGUUCGCUGGUUUCGUGGCUUUGGCUGUGUUUCUGAAUGGCAGAAUCUGCUUUGGCCAAGUGUGUGAUGUUGCGAGAGCAGGAGCGGCGUUUGGAGGCUUGAGCUGGGCGGUAACCGCAGGCGGAUUCGGAUACGGGACAUACCUUGCUGUCACUGCGGAGAAGAGGAGGGUACCAGCGGUGCAAAAGCCAGAUGUUGCCAUGCAUCAGGGCGUGUGAGGUAUGGCCUCGAUAGAGCUUUGGGAUAUUGACGUAAUGGUCGCGACCUCGAGACACAGCAGACUGACCUGAGAACGUUGGCCAUCCGGAAUGGUCGAGGGGCUGUUAGUUGCAUACUUUUUCGG